CCGAGCAACAAUGUAAAUUGCAUGAGAACGAUUGCAGAUGGUCAACCCCUGUUGCGGGCUUGGCGUGUCCCCCUUGCUUACUCGGCAGGGAGCAAGGCGAACAGUUCCAAUGUCCGGUGCCACUGGUGGUGGCUGUGCAUGCCCAUCCCCCCGCGUUUCUAUUCUUAAUUUCUCCUCCUUUGCUUUCUUUUACUCAAACCUUCUCACACGACCUCUUAACAUAUCGUACAAUAUUAUUUUCCACCCGUUAAGCAAAAUCUUGAUUGUUUUGCUCUCUGUCGGCCUGGUUGGUCCUUUAUUAACUGCUCAAUUGUGAUCUUUGCUCUAUCAGCCAAGAUACACAAGAGCGGGGGAACCUCUCCCGUGUCUGACAGAACCCACAAUCGAAGUUCUCCGCUCCCCAGCAAGCCC